CCGGUGGAGACGCGGGCCCACGCGGAGGAACGGCUGCUGAAGACACUCUUCUCCGGCUACAACAAGUGGUCCCGGCCCGUGGCCAACAUCUCGGACGUGGUUCUGGUCCACUUCGGGCUAUCCAUCGCCCAGCUCAUUGAUGUGGAUGAGAAGAACCAGAUGAUGACAACGAAUGUGUGGGUGAAGCAGGAAUGGUAUGACUACAAGCUGCGUUGGGACCCCGCGGACUACGAGAAUGUCACCUCCAUCCGCAUUCCCUCUGAGCUCAUCUGGCGGCCGGACAUUGUCCUCUACAACAAUGCGGACGGGGACUUCGCGAUCACCCACCUGACCAAGGCCCACCUCUUCCACGACGGGCGGGUCCAGUGGACGCCCCCCGCCAUCUACAAGAGCUCGUGCAGCAUCGACGUGACCUUCUUCCCGUUCGACCAGCAGAACUGCACCAUGAAGUUCGGCUCCUGGACGUACGACAAGGCCAAGAUCGACCUGGUGAGCAUGCAGAGCCACGUGGACCAGCUGGACCUGUGGGAGAGCGGCGAGUGGGUCAUCGUGGACGCGGUGGGCACCUACAACACGCGCAAGUACGAGUGCUGUGCGGAGGUGUACCCCGACAUCACCUACGCCUUCGUCAUCCGCCGCCUGCCGCUCUUCUACACCAUCAACCUCAUCGUGCCCUGCCUGCUCAUCUCCUGCCUCACCGUGCUGGUCUUCUACCUGCCGUCCGACUGCGGCGAGAAGGUCACGCUCUGCAUCUCCGUGCUGCUCUCCCUGACCGUGUUCCUGCUGCUCAUCACCGAGAUCAUCCCGUCCACCUCGCUGGUCAUCCCGCUCAUCGGCGAGUACCUGCUCUUCACCAUGGUCUUCGUCACGCUGUCCAUCGUCAUCACCGUCUUCGUGCUCAACGUGCACCACCGCUCCCCGCGCACGCACAGCAUGCCCGCCUGGGUGCGCCGGGUCUUCCUGGACGUGGUGCCGCGCCUGCUGCUCAUGAAGCGGCCCUCCGUGGUCAAGGACAACUGCAGGCGGCUCAUCGAGUCCAUGCACAAGGUGGCCAGCGCCCCCGGCUUCUGGCCCGAGCCCGAGGGGGAGCCCGGCGUCGUGGGCGGGGAGCGGAGCCGGGGCCCCUCGCGCUCCGCCUCCUUCCGCGGCCCCCGGGACGAGCCGGCAGAGCCCCAGCCCGCCUGCGCAUCGCCCCCAGACCGGGUCCCUGCGCCGCAGCCCUCGGAGGCUGACCCCGGGAGCCCCUGUCCCUUGCCCGACUCCUGCCGCCCACCCGCCAGCACCCGGGCCCCGGGGCUCACCGAAGCCCGGUCCCUGAGCGUCCAGCACGUGUCUAGCGCGGCUGAAAGGGUGGAGGGCGGCGUUCGGUGCCGGUCUUGGAGCAUCCAGGGCUGUGCUCCCCAAGACGAGGCUGCCUCCGUGGCCGGGGGCCCCGUGACCAGCUCCCCUGCCUUCCCGAAGGCCAGUGCCGCCGAGCUCCUGCCCCCAGACCAGCCCUCUCCAUGCAGGUGCAGGUGCAGGAAGGAGCCGUCCCCAAGUGCCGUGCGCAAAGCCUGUGGCACCCGAGUGCCGGCCCGGCACCUGCCCCUGUCUCCGGCCCUGGCGCGGGCGGUGGAGGGUGUGCAGUACAUUGCUGACCAUCUGAAAGCUGAGGACACGGACUUCUCGGUGAAGGAGGACUGGAAGUACGUGGCCAUGGUCAUCGACCGCAUUUUCCUCUGGGUGUUCAUCAUCGUCUGCUUGCUGGGCACCGCGGGCCUCUUCCUGCCCCCCUGGCUGGCCGGCAUGAUCUAGCAGGGAGGGCCUGCCACCUGCGGGAUGCCCGCGGCACCCCUGGGCCUCUCGCCGGGGCCUGUGCCCGGCCGUCCGAGGGACUCCUGCAUUCUCCUGCCAUUUGCCAAAUCGUCCCCGUUUUCCGUCGACUGCAAGAUGGCCUGGGGAGGGGCCGCCGCCUCUGGGGGAGCUGGUGCUGGCAGAGUCGUGCUGAGACGUCCAGGGGGGCGGCCAGGCAAGAAAGGACAGCGGGUAAACGCCUGUUCUCGUCUGGAGGGCAGGGUCACCGCCCGCCUCUUAUUAAAGUUUAUCUGGAGCAUGGUGA